AUUAUACAGCGCAUAUUGGGGGGAAGGGGGGUGAUGGAAGGUAUUCAGGCUCAAUUCAGGGAACCGGGGCAUAGAUCCAAUUCCCAAGAUCAAGAGCCCCCCACCAUCGUCAAGGAACCUUCCUUAAGGGGUGUAAACCGUACAUAAAACUGCCUUAUCCCCGGGAGGUGGAUGGUAGGAAACAACACAACUGACAGUGCUGGCCUUGGUUACCACCAACACUAAUAACACCAAGAAUGGAGGGAGGGAGCAUUUGGCAACUCAAAAGAUAGAGCAGCUACAACAAUCUUGUACCACGAGUGCUAACACAACCCACAGUUGUGCUGGAAAAUCAAACCCCAUCAUCAGCACCAGUGGAAAUAAGUCACUUUGACAUUUUUGUGGUUAUCCUAGUAGCACUGUAAGUAGCCUGCACUGUGACACUGCUCCUCUCAAGAUUGUACGUGCACAGAAGCAGUAUAUGACAGACAGCUUGGGGGUUCAGUAUCUUGAUUGUGUCUCAAAUAUUGCACAUGUGGGACAUUGCCAUCCACAAGUUGUGACAGCAGGAAAAAAUCAGAUGGCAACCUUGGUUUCUGCACAAGGUUUUGUUAAUGAUUCUCUCACCAAGUAUGUCAAGCAGCUCAUCAGCUAUUUUCCAGACGUACUUAGUGUGUGCUACCUUGUUAACUCUGGAUCAGAGGCUAAUGACCUUGCAUUGAGACUGGCAAGAUCUUAUACAAACAGAAUGGAUGUUGUUGUUUUUGAUGAGGCUUAUCAUGGAAAUCUGGGAAACUUGAUUGAUAUCAGUCCAAAGAUGUUCAACAGGAUGGCACAAGGAAAGAGAGAGUUUGUCCAUGUCAUUCCCUACCCAGAUACUUAUCAAGGAUCAUACCGAGAUGAUGAUCCUCAAGCAGCUGAAAAAUAUGUGAAAGAGGCAGAUCGCAUCAUCACUCAGGCUACCUGUAACAACAGGCAAAUAAGUUGUUUUAUCUCUGAAUGUUUAAUAGUAAAUUGUGGCAUCGUUGUACCCCCAAGAAACUACUUUAGACUUCUUUACAACCUGAUUCAUGAAGCUGGAGGUGUAUGUAUUGCUGAUGAAGUACAGACAGGUCUUGGCCGAACUGGAGAACAUUUUUGGGCUUUUGAGCAAUAUGGUGUUAUUCCUGACAUUGUCACUGUAGGUAAACCACUUGGUAAUGGUCAUCCAAUGGCAGCUGUAAUAACUACUCAAGAGAUUGCUGAUGCACUGGGGGAAUACUAUUCCACUUUUGGUGGAAAUCCAGUAGCAUGUGCAAUAGGAAUGGCAGUUUUGGAUGUAAUUGAAAAUGAAAAACUGAUUCAAAGUGCCAAAGCAGUUGGAAAGACAUUGUUGGAGAACCUUCAGAUACUGAAAACAAAGCAUGCUGUUGCUGGAGAUGUGCGGGGGAUGGGCCUUUGCUUAGGUAUAGAAAUUGUGCAAGACAAAUGUAGUCGGAAACCUGCUACUGAACUUGCCCAAUCAAUAGUUUACAGAUUAAAAGAAGAUCAUCAUAUUCUGGUUCAAGUUGAGGGGCCAAGUCAUAAUGUAAUUGCAGUAACACCACCCAUGUGCUUCACUCAGCUCAAUGCCCGAUCUCUCUUUAAUGCACUUGAUAUUGUUCUUUCUACUUGUUAUCAGCCAGGAACAGUGUGUACAAACAUUGUUGAUGCUCAGGGAUCCAGAUCAAUUCUUUCCAUGGAAGAUUUAGACAGCCUGAAGAAAGAGAAUGUGGAAGGCCCUGAAGCAAAGAGGCCACGCACAAGCUAUGAUGAUAUUGAUUAACUGAUUCUCGUGCAGGAAGGAGUGUAUUUUCUAAAUCUGCAAAUUUUAUAUGAAGUCCAUGUUGAGUACCCUCGUGGAGAGGCUGACACAGCGCCCACUGCACUCGUCUUACAAUAUUUGUACACAUCACGUCAUCCGACUGGGUAAGUGCCGCAGUGCCUGGAAGCUCUGAGGCACGCCAGACUGGUGCCCGAACUCAACACUCUCCAUCCUCAGUUUCAGCUGGGAGGAAGUAAAGGUAGCACUGGUGUAGGGUGGUGAGCCGGCAGAGUUUGAGUGAGCGUAAACACGAGGAACAGUAAGAUGUCCCUUCGAGUCUCAGGCGUACCAGGAUGGAUGGAAUAUUUCUGACAGAUAAAAUAUUUAAAUAUGAAUCUUUAAAAAUGCACAAGGAAAAGUCCAUGAAUCUAAUGCUGGCUGCUCCUGUCAUUAAACAUCAUCUCAACAAACCAUAAUAUCUACAAAGUUGAGAACACACUACAAUAACAUAUUAAAUAUUU